AAGUGUCCGGACUGGAAGGGGGUGAAAGUGUCCGGACUGGAAGGGGGGGAAAGUGUCCGGACUGGAAGGGGGGGAAAGUGUCCGGACUGGAAGGGGGGGAAAGUGUCUGGACUGGAAGGGGGUGAAAGUGUCCGGACUGGAAGGGGGGGAAAGUGUCCGGACUGGAAGGAGGUGAAAGUGUCCGGACUGGAAGGGGGGGAAAGUGUCCGGACUGGAAGGGGGGGAAAGUGUCCGGACUGGAAGGGGGGGAAAGUGUCCGGACUGGAAGGGGGGGAAAGUGUCCGGACUGGAAGGGGGGUGAAAGUGUCCGGACUGGAAGGGGGGGAAAGUGUCCGGACUGGAAGGGGGGGAAAGUGUUCAGACUGGAAGGGGGUGAAAGUGUCUGGACUGGAAGGGGGGGAAAGUGUCCAGACUGGAAGGGGGGGAAAGUGUCCGGAC